AUGAACAAUGAGAAAAACAAUAAAAAAAGAGAUAAAACAUGUAAUGAUGUUAAAAGUCUUCUUACUUAACCAAGUAUGUUGUUCAAUCAAAAGGUUGAAGAUAAUAUCAUACAUGUAAUCUAAUAAUUACAACCCUUAAGAACUGAAAAUGAUGAACUUAAAAAUACUAUACUUGCAACUUAAACUUAUUUAGAAGUAUUAUUAUUCUAUAUUAAUCUAAGUAAUAAAGAGAGAAUUUAUCAUAAAUUAUAAGAGAAACUGAGAGUAGAGAAUUAAUAAAGAGAAUAGCAGAUUUUCCAACGUUGAUAUCUAUUUUGUAGGAAGAUAUGAAAUCCAUGUAAGAGACAUUAUGGAAAUGUAUUUCAAACUCUAAUAAGUAAUAUAGAAUCACAAUUAUUGGAACAAUAAACUAACCAGUUACUAAUUUUAAAUGAAGAACGUAAUUCUAAUUAUGAACAAAUCAAAAUGGAAGUAUCCAAGUAAUCAAUAUAACAAUAAAAUAUUAUUACACAUUAAGAUGAGUUAAUAAAAUAAAAAGAUCAAACUAUAUAUUAAUUAAAUUAAUUGAUAGAAGAUGAGAACAAAAAAAUUAAGAAGAAUUAAAAUUCACACUUUGAAUUAGUAGAUUCUUAUAAUGAGAAAUUGGAAGAACUUACUAAUUAACUUAAUGAAGAAAUAGAGAAGUAAGCAUAAUUGAAAAUUAAAUAUACUUAAAUGUUACAAUAAUAAUAAGAGGAACAUCAAACUUAAGUGGCAAUUAAAUAAGAUUAAUAUGAAUUUGCAUUAGGAGAAUUAAGAAAUACAUAUGAAAAACGUAUGGAUAAAUUAAUUAAAGAUAGUGAAUUUAGAAUUUCAGAAGCAAAUAAAACAUAUAUUAGAACAAAUAAAGAAUUAGAAUUAGUAAGAAAUAAAUAUGAAUAAGAAAUAUAAAAAAAUGAGUAAUAAAUAAUAUUAAUCAAGAAUCAAUAAAUUCAAUUAUAAUAAUAAUAAUAAUAAACUCAUUAAUUAAGAGCAGAAAUGUAAUAACAAUCUUUAUAUCUUCAUUAAACUUAAGCUAUAAUUGCAAAUCUAAAGAAAAAUAAUAAUAUUGUACUUAAUGAAGAAUAAAAAUUAUCAGAACAUAAAAUAUAAUAAUCCUUAGAUAAUUUUUAUUUGACUAAUCCUACAAAUCAUUUCUCAACUCAAACAUAAUUUUAAUAAGAAAUUGAACAUUAAUAAUAAUAAACAUCACCUAUCUUAUAACCUGAAGAUAUCAAUUAAAUAUCUCCAAAUGUUUUUAAAUUAAAUCUAAAAUAUGCUGAUUAAUAAACUACUUAAAUCUCUCCCAUCUCUAAUUUCAAAUUGAAUUUAGAGAAGAUUCCCCAUUUAGAGUUAGAUGAAAUACCAGAAUCUAAAAAAUAAACUAAUCUAAUAAAAAAACUAAAAAAGAGAAGAAAUCAAAGAUCUAAAAAUAGAGAAGAAUAAUAAUACUAUUAUCGUAUUAAUACUAAUGAAGUAUAUACUCCAAAUGAAUUUAUUACUGGACCUUCUCCAAAAUAAAGUGAAGAAACACCACAUUCUAAAAUUACAAGUGUAAACUUCACUUAAGCAUUUGCAACACAUUCUAAUCUUAGAAGAAAAAGUAAAUUACAAAUUAAUUUCUCUAAUAAUCAAAUUUAAGAGAAUGUAAUUAAUUAAGAAAUUCAAACUUAAGAUAUAUCUUGUUAAACAGAAGAUUUCUUAUUAGAAUAUUUAAUUAUAAAUGAAAAUUAAAAAACCAUUAAUACUCAUCCACAAGAAAGAUCUAAUAGUUAUUAUUUUUCACCAAAAAAAAAGAAUCAAAUAACUACUACUAUGUUAGAUAACAGUUCUAGUAAUUAACAUUAAUUUAGUCUUUAAAUUUUACAAAGUGAUCAAGAUGAAUUUUAAGUCUAAUAAUAAAAGGAUGAAGUCUCUAUUCUAAAAGAAUAAAUUACUGUUCUUCAAUAAUAAAAUUAUAUGCAGGCUAAAAAUAUAACUGAUCUAUAAGAGAAAGCUUAGUAAAUGUAAGAGAGAAUGUAAGAAAAUGUAAAAUAAAUGAAACAAUAAAUUUAACGAAGUUCAUAAGAAAAUGAAACUCUUUUAAAGUAAUUAGAAAAGCCAAAAGAGGUUAUUAAGAAAAAAAUUGAAUUGUAAAAGCAUUUAGAAAAUUAGAUUACACAAAGCGAAAAUUUAUAAUAUUAAUUAAUAAAAGCAACAGAAAUUAUAAAAUAUUUUAAUAAUGAAUUAGAGAAUUAUAAAUAAAUGUAUAAUAUUUUUGGAUAAGGUACUAAAUCAGAAAGAUUAUAGACUAAAAAAUUACCAAGUAUUUAUUAAUCUUCUCCAAAGAGGAAGAUAGGAGAUGGUAUUCAAAGAAGAUAAUCAUCAAUGUAUGAAGAAGCAUAGAAAUUAAUUGAUAAUCUAUAUGACAUAAAACCUUAUAAGAGAAAUUGA